AUGUCCAAACCCACGUUCCGAGUUGGAGAGGCGGGAAGCAAGGGGCUUGGUCUUUUUGCUGCUCGUGCUCUCGGUCAAGGAGAGCUUAUCAUCGAUGAGCGGCCAUUGCUCAUCAGCGUUCGCGGGGUGCCCGUCGCAGUGCCCAUCUGGUAUAGCCAGGAGCAGACGACAAAAUACCAGCUGAAAGAGUUUGAGAAGUACCUAGAGGUGGUUUUGAAGGAAAUGCGGCCUGCAGAUCGGGAUGCUUUCAUUUGCUGUCCCAAUACGAGCACCAACUUCCACGACGCGUCUAUCUCCUAUACGAUCUAUGCAGCACGUGACAUUGCGGAAGGCGAAGAACUGACGUUGACUUAUUCCGACGUCUGGGACACUGCAGCGAAUCGCCAGCAGACCUUCAAGCCAUACGGAUUCGUUUGCGCGUGUGAUGCGUGUCUUGACCCCGUCAACUCCGACGCUCGUCGUGCCAAGAUUCGCUCGUUCGUUCCAACCGUCCAGUUGUGGGCCGUCAACCGGUCUUUGCCUGAUGACUGGCUCAUCAACAAGUGUCUCGAGCAAAUAGCGCUGUUGGAGCAGGAGAAGCUCGAGGGCGAGGCGCAGUACCACGCCGCCAUCAAUGCCAUCAUGGAGGCAUAUAUCUGUCUGGGAAAUUCUCCUAAAGUGCACCAUUGGGCGGCACGGGCACGGAAAUGCCCGUGGGCGGCAAGUAUUGAGACCUUGGAUGUGCUGAUUGCCCUCAAGUCGCAUGGUCGCCACCCGCUGUGGCGCAUGCGACAAGCCAAAGGGAGAAAUGGCGUCGCAGCUCAAGCGGAGCGUAAAAUCUGA